AUGGAUUUUCUCUGGGCUCUGUCAUUGCUGGGGACCGUUUUACUGACUGCGAUUUUGCUGCUGGUAACAUGGGCUGUCCACUACCAUGUCUCCCAUACAGAAAUGCCUCCCGGAAUCUCUCACCCCUUCCAACUGAGGUUCCUACACUGCUUGUUGAUCAUGACUUUUGGUCUGGCCUACAUCUUGAAGAAAAUGCGUGUGUGUACUGGCUAUGGCCUGUUGAGGUCUGUCAUGGCUGGAAUCCCACCUCUGAAGGAUCCCCAACUCUCCAUUAAAAACCUGACCUUUGAUGGCGUACCAGUCAGAAUGUACCAACCAAGGGGUUCGUGUGACGGAGGAUGGAGAGGAGUCCUUUACUGUCAUGGUGGGAUUGGCCUGUAUGGAAGCAUAGAUGCCUAUGAAAGAGUGUGCCGUAGCAUUGCCAAGGAGAGCAACUCUCUUGUGGUGGCUGUUGGGUAUCGUUUGGCCCCUGAGCAUCCCUAUCCGGCCCAGUUCGAGGACUGCCUUACUGCUGCAACAUAUUUCAUGAAGAAUGCCAAAGAGUAUGGUGUCAAUCCCGCUUUGAUAAUUGUUAGUGGGGAUAGUAGUGGGGGCACAAUAGCUGCUACCGUUUGUCAGAACCUGGCGAAUAGAUCAGAUCUCCCCAAAGUACGGGCUCAGAUCCUGAUCUACCCUUAUCUCCAAUGUGUGGACUUCAAUUUGCCUUCCUAUCAAAGGAACGGUCAUGUUCCCCCUAUUUUCCAUGAACAAGUUGUGGAAUUUGGCCUUGAGUAUCUUCAGAGGGAUAUGUCCUUGGUGAAGGACAUUUUAGAAGGUUGGCACGUUCCUCAAGAGACACGACUAAAGUAUAGUAGAUGGCUGGGGCCAGAAAAUCUCCCUAAAGAGUUUCAAUUGGAAAGAUACAGGUCUCCACAGCCCUCUUCUGAUUCCGUCCACACAUAUGAAGAAGUCGGAGUUAUUUUUGAGACAACAUUAUCCCCACUGUUAGCAGAAGAUGUUGUCAUUCAAAGACUCCCCGAAGCUUAUAUUUUAACCUGUCAAUUUGACGUAUUUCUGGAUGAUGGACUUCUGUAUAAGAAACGAUUGGAGGACAACGGUGUUGGCGUAACCUGGUACCACCUUGAAGAUGGGUUCCAUGGAGUUUUGGUCUUUAUCAAUAACUGGCCUUUCUCAUUCUCAGGUUCUCAGAGGGCAUUAAACAGUAUUGUAAACUUCAUCAAAAAUACAUAA